CUGCUCUACGCCGUUCACUCGCUCAAGCCUUACGCCGCUCCGGUCACAGUGCGCUACCUAACAGCUCCUCCUUACCGAGUUGGGGGGCACCUUUGGGGCAGAGCAACACGCGAGAACCGACGGAGAAACAAAGACAAGAUGUCGGCCUACGUUUCCUCCGAGUGCCGCCGCGUCAGCCCCUCCGUUCGCGGAAACUCGUUCGACACGGCGCACCGCAAGAAGGCUGUCGCGAACAUUUUCGAGAACGUCAACCAGGACGCGCUGAUGCGGCUCUUCCAGAAAACGGGCGACAUGAAGGCGGAGGAGAGAGUGAGGAGCAUAUUCUCCUACACCCUGGACCCGGAGCAGACGGCUCGUGCGCUGAUGGCUCUGAAGCAGAGGAAGAAGGAUAAGUUUCUCCAGAUCGCGGGCAUGGUGCGGCAGCUGCUCAAAAUACGUUGACUGUGUUUGAACAGUUGUUUUUCCCCCCCCACCACCCGUGUGUGAGCCGAAUGUGAAAACACUCCCAAUAUGACUGGGUUACCGCCGAGAUGCGCACCACUUUUCGCCUGGGAAGGGGCGUUAGGUGCGGAGGAGAACGCGCCGUGGACGCGCGGAGACCGUCCUCCCCGGAAGGGAUGGAGCGCGAUGAACUAACUGGGAAUAUGGAGGGCUCGCACGGCCUGAUUCCAUCAAUGCAUUCCUCUGGAUGCCGGACUGAAGCAGCCCCACGAACCAGGUGCACAUCACUGCCGUGACGGUGGUGCACGGCUGCAGUCUGAGACUCUCUGGUGCUGAAGAAGCUGCCACAUGACUGCCUGUCCUGAACACUUGCCUUGUCUCUCAGCAUCACUUUGUUAUAUGAACACUUAGUGGCCACUAAUGUGCUUUUGUUACACAAUGAUUUGCAUUUCUGAUGUGUACAUUUGUUUAAAAUAAAUUUAAUUUUAUACAAAAUGUGA